AUGAGCUACAAAGUCGGCGACUUCAUUGGAAUCCGGUCUAAACUUCAGCCAGGGCUGCUAAUGGAUUCUCCACAGUCUGUUGUUUCACCAUUCAAGAAUGCUGUAACUACCGAGCCAGAGAAACAUAAAACUGACUAUUCUGUUAGGAGUGCAGUCAGCAGCAUAACCAAGGAGGAGGGUACCAGGAAGGCAACUAAUGGCCACGUGGAGGACAACUUCAUCGGAAUGCUUGAGGUUUAUGUACAUCAGGCUAGGGACAUUCAUAACAUAUGCAUCUACCACAAACAAGAUGUUUAUGCUAAGGUUUGCCUCACCAGUGAUCCUGAAAACACCGUUUCUACCAAUACCAUCAAUGGUGGUGGCAGGAACCCGGUUUUCAACCAGAAUCUGAGGAUUAAUGUCAAGACAGUCGACUGCUCCCUUAAGUGCGAGAUAUUCAUGAUGAGUCGGGUGAGGAACUACCUUGAGGAUCAGUUGCUGGGAUUUGCUUUGGUGCCUUUGUCCGAAGUUGUUAUGAAGAAUGGGAAGUUGGAGAAAGAGUUCUCUCUUUCUUCCACUGAUCUCUUCCAUUCACCUGCUGGAUAUGUUCAACUCUCACUCUCUUACAGUGGAGCUACCCCUGAUGUAAUGGCAAUUCCUGCUGCUGAUGGAAUCAUGCGGGAUGCAGAGGUACAGGAAUCACUCGAAUGUGAACUCGACAAGCUUGAAUUUCCAGAUCCAAACGUUGCAAAUGAAAACCAGAUGAUGGUUUCUGAGUAUUUUGGGACACCAUGUACCAAUCUGGAUGACUCUGAAACCUCUGAGAGUUUGGUCACUUGUGAUGCUGCUGACAGCCAUACCAGCACAGCCACAUGUACUGCUAAUGGAGUGGAAAGCUUCUCAGCUGCUAGAGUAGAUUCUGCCCUAGCUACUAAUAAGCCUGAUUCUCCUCCAAGCAGUGUGUCAACAACCAAUGGAGUCGUCUCAUCUCCUUCGAAUGGUGUGAGCUCAGACAACUCUAAGACUCAGUCUGAAGAGCACAACUCGGUUUGCAAAGAGGAUAAGGGCAUAGAUGCUGCAAAUGGGGAAACUGACUCCUCAGCUGGCACUCCAAGGGAGGAAGUUACCAAGCCUGUUGUUACUAUGAAAAUGGAGUCAGAGCAGGGUGUUGUGCAGCAAGACAUAGUUGACAUGUACAUGAAGAGCAUGCAGCAAUUCACCGAGUCAUUGGCAAAGAUGAAGCUUCCACUGGACAUCGAUAACAGCGGGCCAGCCAGUUCAGGCAGUUCUAACUCCGAGCAGCAGAAAACACCCUCAUCAACUAAAACAGGUUCCCGAGUGUUUUAUGGGAGCAGGGCUUUCUUCUGAGCUCUCUCUUAGUUACUGCUAGUUUCAGAGUUCGGGGGAAAACGCACAGGUGACAACAGUUAGACUUCCCUUCCACCCAUGGAGAGACUAAGUACUGAUAGUGAUGAACUGUAAUAAUUCAUGAUGUAGUAGUGUGUGUUGUUUUUCUUCCCUUUCGUUUCUUUCCCCCCUUACCUUGGGUCCAUGUUGAGAUGUUUAGAGAUGACGGGGAAAUUAUGACUUGUAUGCUGGUGCGGUUCUCAGCUUUGUUUCUAUUCCUGCUGUGUUUGCAGUUUGUAUACAUGCAAAAUUUCCCUUUCCAAACUGUCGUUUUUUCUUCUUCUUUCUGUUCUAUUUGUCUGUUCUGCUAAUUUUCAAACCUUUGAAUUAUGGUGAAAUGAAG